UCUUUUGCAUUUUGCUUAACAGACUUUUUUUAGUACUAUCUUCCCUUCCUUCCGCCUUUUCCGGCUGGCAUGAAGUAAGGGCGUCCGUCGGUGAAAAGGAAUACACGCCGUUCAACUCGUGCAGGCUUUGGAAUGGAUGGAUGACAUGCGUUUGCUUUGAUAUUGAGACUUAUUCUGUAGGUGUGUAUAUAUAUACAUAUAUAUGGGGUCUGUAUGUGUACAGAUUAGAACAUAUAUUGCUGUGGUCGAUAUGUCUAUGUUUGUUCUUUCCUUUUGCCUUUUUAGGUGUUAAGUACCGACUACGUAUAUAUUCUGUUAUAUCCGGUUAUGAACUGUACAACCCAAUCCCACACCUAUGCGUAUAUAGUACAUGUUUUUGAUACCUGCAACUUCACACCCCCCCCCCCCCCCCCCCCCC